AUGUCCCUCGGCAGCCUCGAUCCCGAUGCGGUAUACAUGGCAGCGCGGGUAGUUGAAACACAAGGCCGCUGCCUCAUCACUCGACCGGCUACACCCGACUGGGCCGGGUCAUACGACUUUGACUUCGUCCUGGAUCUUGACGAGAGCCUACGUUUGCUCCUUGAUCAAAUGGAACAUAGAAGAGCCCACUACGGCCGUGAUGCUAUCGAGUCGCGUCCUGCCCAUACACCGGAGGCGAUCUUGGCGAAGCAUUGCGGCACCGAACAUGGGAAGGCGCAUCGCGAGGGCAGAAUGACCAUGGGCGCUUCUACACCGGAGGAAGACUACAUGCAGGAUCUUUGGGAAGGCGUACCUACCAGAUACAAACAAAAGAUCCCCUUGCCACAGCUCUACCCCGACUACACCAGGAGCGUCGGCGUCGCAGCCACGGCACCGCCUUCCCACCAAACAAGCAAAUCUACUGGCAUCCAAAAGCACUCUCGCGGUUCAAGCAGCAGCGACACCGAUGAUCAAGACGCCGUCUUCUCUCGGCCACAGCGAGGCGACUGGACCAAUUAA